UGAACUCUCGGAGAGGCAACGACUAUAACUUUCCCUCUUUAUGCCCCCCAACCUCCACCCCCUUCCGGACUCUUUGCAGAAGUGUGCGCAGCCCCAGUAGACAGCUGUCGGAGGAGGACUGAGGUAAUGCCAUGGAUAUUUUCAUCCAUUAACAAUGUAACAAACUCGGGUAAUCUGUCUACCAAAUCCCAGCUGGACUGCAGUGGCUGUUUUUUGGUAACCUUUUUUGUUUUGGACAAGGCGAAUCAAAUAAAUCAACAUGGUUUUCAGUGAGCGCCUUUCCUUUGAGCACAGAAUACGCACGGCCGUUUUGGCACUACUGCUUUGCGCACAGGCCGGUUUUGGCUUCUCAGUCGCCGCACAGCAGGAAAGCACCUGCGAGGCCAACGGCAGCAUAUACUUUGUGGGGGAAUGGUAUUUUCUGGACUCUGAUCACUGCACCCAGUGUGAAUGCACCACCGAGGGCUCCGCAUGUUCCCGCACUGAGUGCACUUCGCUCCCGGCUGCAUGCAUCCAUGUCAGCCACUACCCCACCGACUGCUGCCCCAGGUGCGAGAAGAUCGGGUGUGAGUACCGAGGAGUGGUGUACGAACUGGGACAGAACUUCCAGCCAUCAGAAUGUGAGCAGUGCACUUGUGACAGUGAUGGCAUCGCCCGCUGUCUAGUUGCAGAUUGUGCCCCUCCACCAUGUGUCAACCCUGUCUACCAGCCUGGGAAAUGCUGCCCUGAAUGCAGGGAGGGUCCUAACUGCUACGUUGAUGCAUCACGCAGCCAGGUGAUUCCUGCAGGAGAACCCAUCUGGGUCGACUCCUGCACCAAGUGUCGUUGUCACGAUGGUCAGGAUGCCGGCUACUGGGAGGGAAACCGUGUCGCCACCUGUUCCCGCCUCAAAAACUGUACGCCUGAACAACAGUCUCCCAAGAAAAACUGAUUCCCUCUGCCAGCAGAGAACCAGCUGUUACCCUAAAGUAUACAGUCCCUGAUGGCUGAUCAACUGCACAGCUUCGACCCUUUAAGAACAUGCUGAACCCUCCUGUGCUGCUGAAAAUGGAUAAUCUGCAACUUCAAAAAUUCAAGUUUUUUGGGAACUGAACUGAACAAGAACCAAAUAUAUCAUUUAAAACAAACACCAAAAGCCAUCAGAACAGAUCAGCUGCCAUUCCACAAAGACUUUUCAUCCAGGAUUUGGACUGAAGAGACCCACUGAAUUUGCCACUUUGGUGGACAAGGCUACCCAUGAUCAGAACAUAGCUAAAUAUUACAAACAAGGUUGAAAUUCAAAGCUGAUUAGACAGACCGGUCAAAGCUCCAGGUUCUCUGUAUGUCAGUGGGUUUUGGGAAUUUGAUUACCUGCAAAGUAUAAUAUCAACAAAGACAUUGCUAUAUAAAGUUGUGGUCCUGUUAUGUAGAUGGACUCGGACUCAAUAUCUGGUUAUAAUAACUUUAUUAGUUUAGAAUAUAUUGUGCUUCCAUGGUGCAUAUUCCUAAAUUUAGUUGUGUUUAAUCAAAUUACCACAAACUAAUUGAGUACACAAUGCAUAGAGGGUGGUUGGUGGAGGAUCAAUCCCUGAUGCCUAAAUCAGGCCAUGUUGUAUGUUAAGAAGAACAGACUUUAUCCCGUUAGCCGAGAAGAUGGUUUGUAGUCCUUGUAAACCACUGAUAACAGAGAAAUUAUGAAGGAAAUCAAGACUAAAACUCUCUCCAUUUAAUAAUAUAAUAUGGAUGCAGUGAUGGAAAAAUAAGAUGGUUUAUUUACAGGGUCUCAAACACCCUCAACCCCUGAGCCUAACAGGAAAAUCUAUAAUUAAACAAUUCUGACUGGAACUAGAACAAACAAACUUGUACCUUGAAAGGUGACCGCACUCCAGAUAUUUACCCUUUUUAUAUUUUAUCUGCCUCUCCACGGUUUCUUUCAAAAAGUUUUUAGAGUUUUAAGAGGGAGAGAAUAGUAAACUUUUAUACAAGCUAGUUACCCAGGAGGCAUACUUUUUAAUUUACAGACACCUGUUUUGGGAUACAACUGGCAACAUAACAAGGCCACUGAGAUUAUUGGAUGAUAAGAAAUUGUAAUUGACCUGUCACGGGUUGAUGCACCAGCCAAAUGUAUGCACAGCUGUGAUGCAAUUUAGACUAGGAAAUAGCUUAGCAAAGCAAUUAACAAUUUGUAACUGUCCUAUAAAUUCUACAGUUCAAUUUCGGGGCUAAUUGAAAUAGAAAGUAUGAGACUGUGGCCUAACAUAUGACUGUACAGUAGUUGUAGACAGAAGGGAUAUUUGAAAGGGUUGUUAUUUGUGCAUGUACUUUAUUAAUUUCUCAUUAGAAAUAAUGUGUAGACUUUCUUAGAAACAGCCUGUUAUUUCCACUGUUAUCAAAGAAAUUGACCUUCUUUAGAAAGAUCUUCAGUAUAUGAUGAAAGAGAAGUGUAUUGUCAUUUUAUAUAGGUUUAUAUGCAGCAGAUCUUCCUACUGUUAUUUGUCAUUAUCUACCAAUUUAAUCAUGAGGGAUCUUUGAAUGAAAACCAAAAAUUAUAUUUUCUUGUUAUAUGUUACUGUAUGUGCAGUGUUGAAGCCUACAAUGGCAUUUACUACUUUAUAAAUAAGACUCCCAAGCU